CUGAGGAUAGGGGGAAAAAAAGUAAUCUAGAUCUGAGGAGCAGAAAAGACUGAAGCGCUGCCUAGUGCUUUAUAAUUGCUGAGCGAUGACGUCUGUUUGAGUCUGGGGAUCGUCUUCACUGCGUCCUAAAUAUAGGCGUAACCAUCAUACAGCUAGUAUGGUAAUAUUUCCCUUUCUACGGCUGUUUCUGUAUGCGCCUCGUUCGUCUGCUGUUUGCCGGCGUUUCCAGUAAAAAAAAAAAAAUGUGUAUAGGACACCGUUCCUGGCUCGCAUGCUCUUCCUGUCUCCAGCCGACAGCCUGCGGAGGACUCCGUAGGCCCACAGGCGACAGCAGCGCAUCCGCUGUACGUUGGCCAUGCAAGUCUUGCGCCUCGCCGUUGCGAUCUACACUAGUCUCACUAGUACCUGAAACUUGGGUGCUUCUCGCCCAGUUAAUCUCGCUCCAUCGGAAGCGCUGGUCCUGCACUGGAACUAAAUCGGCUUUCUGGUCAAGUCUCUGUUAUGUGACUGGGUGCAACGGCCCGAGCUGGCGUUGUUGGCGUAUCGCCAGCAUAUGAGUGUUUGCUGCAGGAACAAAGCAGAGCGGCAGUCAUCUGAAAGCCAACGUCAGAGCGCAACUGCUGUAAGCGAAGCAAUGAAUCACUACGACAACAGAUUUGCGUAUGUGGGUUAUAGAACCAUCCCGUCCA